CUGACGAGCAUUAAGAGGGACGACUCUGCUCGUUGGUACCGUGUGUGUACAGACAACGGCUUUGAAGGCACCUAUCCUUACGUUUGGUUGAGGGAUAAUUGCCGUUGCUCACAGUGUUUCAAUCCCUCGUUCAACCAACGAACACUGAAAAUUGUCGAUUUGGAUCCCGAUGUGAUACCCUCAUCCGAGACAAUCGUGGACGACGGUCAAGUCUUGCGGGUCAUCUGGCCCGACCAGCACCGCAGCGACUUCCAGGCCGCCUGGCUCAGUCGCCGGCAUUUCUCGGACAGGCCGAGGGACCUGGUGACGGAUCCGGAGCUGCAGUCGUGGGGAGCCGAGCUGAACGGCAACAUCCCGACCUUCGACUUCCAGAAACUCUUGGAAGACGACGUUGAGCUGUACAACUGGCUGGAUGUCUUGAACACCAAGGGCUUGGCCUUCGUGAAAGGGGCACCGACUGAGAAGGGCGCCGGUGGCCAAAUAGCUGAGAGGAUAGCCUAUCUGAGGCGAACUUUAUUCGGGGAGACGUUUCAAGUGUCGACAGCAAUUAAUCCCUCUCGUCCAGCACACACACUCCAAGCUAUAGGUCUUCACGUGGACCAGCCUUACCUAAACUACCUGCCAGGGAUUCAGAUGCUUCACUGCAUUGAAAAGAUCAACGUUGAGGGCGCAGAGAAUCAGUUCGCGGACGGCCUGCGUGUGGCUGAGCAGAUAAGAGAGGAAUACUCAGAGGAAUACCAUCUGCUGACGACUCGAGAGGUAGACUACGAAACAACUGGUGUGCAGUUCGGCAAGUCGUUUCAUCUAAAGAGCAGAUUACCAACCAUACAACUUGAUAUGGACGGAAAGUUCCAAUGCAUCCGCUACGCUGACAUUUGGAGGGCGACCUCUAUGUCCAAAGUUCCAGUAGGACAGGUUACCAAGAUGUACAAGGCCUUGAAACUGCUGAAUGAUGUAAUGUAUCGCCCGGAAAAUCUGGUGCGCCACCAGUUGGCCGAAGGAGAGAUAGUAACAUUUAGCAACCAUCGCGUCUUACAUUCUCGCAGUGCCAUCACCAUUACUGGCGAAGGAAGCCGCCAUCUUGAAGGCAGUUACAUCGACUGGGACGAGGCUCUCUCACGCAUGCGUGUUCUUCAUAGGAAACUUUUCUGUAGUGACGCUCGCCCCUAAGUAAGGCCAGUUGCCAACGUCACUAUGACGUUAAAAAGCGUUUCAUAAAAUGGCACGACAUGGCAAUUCUUGACCAUAUACUAAAACACAAUUUUGGCCAACCAAAUAAUGCAAAUUAUGAUUUAGGCCGUAUAUCAUUAGCAAGAACUCCCAUUAUAAAGGUGUCACAAUUAAUAUACACAGGAGUUGUUGCGGACGACGGACUUAAAGCCAUAACAUGUCUUUAACACUGGAUGCGCAGUGCUACUCGCAAAAAGUCUGCUCCUUAUGUAUGGUACAUCAUUUAUUGUCGGCUGUCUUAAAAUAUUUGCCAAAAUUAUGAUCGAAUCGAAAAAUUCAACUCAGCUCCUUAGUAUUGUACAUGUAUAUGAAAACCUCGAAACAAUGAGAAAUCAUUUAAGACGCCGUUACCUUCAAUAACAAUUAUUAUGUAAUAUAAUCAUUGAUUGUAAUUGGUACUAUUGUUCUUGUAAUUAUGAAAAGUAGCAUCACUAGAAUUAUAAUCACACUAUAGUUUGGGUUUUACAGACAACGGCUUUGAAGGCACCUAUCCUUACGUUUGGUUGAGGGAUAAUUGCCGCUGUUCAGAAUGCUUCUAUCCCUCCGCCUCGCAGCGAUUGAUGAAGAUGACUAACUUGGAUCCUGAUCUGAUACCCGUUAUCCAUGUGCGGCGAUCGGGGGGGGGGGUUAAAAUCGAUUUCUUCAUAAACUUACUGUUUGUUUCUGUUGAUUUUAUCUUCUUAUUAAACAUACUUAAUUUUAAACAUAUUACACGGGAAUUUAAGGAUCAUUGAUUUGUGGUUUUCGACAUUUCCUUCUACCAUUUUACCAUAUUCUUUUCGUUCAAAUUUACUUCGAUUUGUUGUUCUUGCUAAUCUUUAAUUUUGGUAACUGGUCUGAUAAAAUAAAUCAUGCGAGCAAAUAUGCCGCAUUGUGCUUGAGGACAAGGAAAGUGCUUUAGCACACACCAGAGUAAUUUGCUUAACACACGUUUUAAAAUGGUUGAUAUAAGACAAAUUUGAUCUCUGCAUGCUGUCAUUCGGCAAUAGCUGAGACGAAUUAUAUCUUCAUCCAAGAACAGAAUGACUAAGUUAAUUACUAAUUAUAAACACAAAUACUACAAUUAAAUAAAGAAACAGGUAGCAAGUUAUUAUUUACACACUUAGUUAAAUACUAAAUCAUCUCAGCGUAACAUCGUCUUGAAAAUGCAAUUCUAAGCCACAAAAUACAGAAUACUGAUGAAAGGAACAUGUAGAUAAACUUAUGGUAGUGUCAAACAGGAUUGCAAGUAAACUUUUAAAGGAGAAAACAAAAUAAACUGGUCAUACCUGUGAAUUGGAGAAGAGUAGAAAAUAUGUGUACUGAGUUAUCUUCA